AUGAUCAGCGACGCGACUUUCGUCAAAAGCGCCGAUAGUCUGGUGUGGCUUCUCCUCGAUGUCGACGGCGUGCUCACCGACGGGCGGCUGGUCUACACCUGGCGCGGCGAGCAGGUCAAGAUCUUCAACGUCCGCGAUGGCUUGGCCAUGCGGCUUGCCCAACAGGCCGGCCUGCGGGUCGGUCUGCUGUCGGGCCGCAAAUCCAGGCCGCUAGAGCGCCGCGCCAGCGAGCUCGACCUCGACGCGGUGAUCCUCGGCUCGGGCGACAAAGGCAUCGACUUCGACGCCUUCCUCGCCGAGCACCGGGUCAGCGCCGCCGAGGUGGCCUACAUCGGCGACGACCUUAUAGACCUCCCAGUGCUCGGCCGCUCCGGCUUGAGCUUCGCCCCCGCCGACGCCGCCCCCGAGGUCUGCUCGGUAGUCCACCGAGUACUCCAAGCCCGCGGCGGCGAAGGCGCCGUCCGCGAGAUGAUCGAGUUGAUCUUGAAAGCCAGAGGUGACUGGCAGAAAGCCGUGGCGCGCUACUCGCUCGAUCCGCGGCGGGAGUAG